GAUUCACGUGACUCUAAGCUCGUUGGUGUAAUGUCGCAUAAAGCCUCCCUCAACCGCCUGCGCGCUAUAUUCAACAUUUACUUUCAGGACAACCCUUCCUGUGGCGUUAAAUUACUAACUUAUUCGGGUUUUUAUUCAACUGUUUUUAGUAUAGUUUUUUUUUAUCACGUGAUUAAGGAAAAUGGAGUGUGUGGAUUUUCCAAGAGUUCUUCCCAAUUCACCGAUGAAAGCCCGGGGACAGAUCCAGGUCAUCUUUGGACCGAUGUUUUCAGGAAAAAGCACUGAACUGAUGAGAAGAGUGCGGCGCUUCCAGAUAGCCCAGUACAACUGCUUGGUGAUCAAAUAUGCCAAAGACACACGUUAUUCUGACUCUGGCAUGGCCACACAUGACAAAAAUACAAUGGAAGCUGUUCCAGCCAAUUGUCUGAGAGAUGUGCGGGCUCUGGCACUGAAAGCCUGCGUUAUUGGAAUCGAUGAAGGACAGUUUUUUCCAGACACAGUGGAGUUUUGUGAGGAGAUGGCCAAUUUAGGGAAGACAAUCAUUGUAGCUGCCUUGGAUGGAACCUUCCAGAGAAAGCCGUUUGGAAACAUCCUGAACCUGAUCCCUCUAGCGGAGAGUGUAGUGAAGCUCAACGCCGUCUGCAUGCAGUGUUACAAAGAAGCAGCAUACACCAAGAGGAUAGGAGCAGAGAAGGAGGUGGAAGUGAUCGGUGGAGCUGACAAGUAUCAGGCAGUGUGUCGAAAGUGUUAUGGAGGUCUGAUGACUGACAAAGAGAACAGUGCUCCUUUCAGGAAUGAAACUCCACAACAUGUCAAAGGAAAGCUCAUGGACUCUGGGAUUCCCAGGAAGCUUUUCUCUGCUCUCCACCUCUGAACACAAAAAUAAGACUUUGUUGCAGAAGUUGAGUGGAAAUAGGCAAAUAUUGUGUUUGUCCCGUUUUAAGCCUUUGUGUUUGGUGUCUAAUGGUAUUCUAUUUUCAGUUUUUUUCUAGAUUUGGUUUUGGACUUAAUAACCCUGAGUAAAGAAAUGUAAAAGUA